UGUACUUCGUGUCCACUCUCUCUUCUUCCACGUUUUAGCGUGGCAUGUUUCUCUCUUUCUCUUUCUCUUCUCUCUCUCUGUCUCUCUUUCUCCACCAUCAAACACAGCAAACAAUUUAUCAAUCCCUUUCUCCGACUUCAAUAUCUAUAAUAACCCAUUUGAUAUCCACUUCCAUUGAUCAAAACCCAACUCUGUUUUCCAUAAAAAAAGAUUUAUAGGGGGAAAAAAAAAGAAAAGAAUAGUCAAUCUUUAUAUUGUAGUUAUAUAUAACUAUGAGGCUAUACGUGUAUGUGUUGGAGGGGAAGAACUUGCAUGGUAAAGAAUGCUACGUUAGGCUUCAGGUUGGGAGGCAAAAGUCUAAGACUAAGAUUAAGAAGAAAACCAUAAACCCUGUUUGGAAUGAAGAAUUUGUUUUCACCAUACAUGACAUGGAUGAGGAUGUUAUUGUGGCUGUUUUUCUACGUGAUGAUGAUUCUGGGUUCUUCAAUUGCUCAGCGGAUUUGAUGGGUCGGAUUCAAAUACCCGUUAGCUCAGUGGCUGCAGAGGCUAAUCGGACUAUGCCACCCACAUGGUUUCCUCUUCAAAGGCCUAAGUCUGGGAAAUAUACCAGCAUUGAUUGCGGGAAAAUUCUUAUUACUAUUUCUCUCCACGGAAAAUUCCAGGACUUGAACAGCAACCAGCAACCUGAUGCACAUGCAAAUGCCAACACUAAACAUUCUCAUGGACGAGCAUGUAACCAUAAUAUGUGUAACUCCAGACUUACAUGUGGGAAGAUGCCAGAAGGUAAAAAUUUAAUGAAGUCAAUCACUAAGAAGCUUUUCCAUAAGAAUGGGGAAAAUACAAGAAUCAACGAAGCUUCAAGAGCUAGCUAUUCAGAGUUGCCUUGUGUGGUAUCUGAUUUAGAGGAUUGUUGCAUGGAUGAUAACUCUUCUUCUAGCUUUGAAGAAGCUCUUGAGAUAAUGUGGUCAAAAGACAACGAGCACGAAAUGCCAAAGAAUCUGCGAGGGGGUAUUCUUAUCAAUCAAGCAUAUGCAUUAUCAUCAAAUGAUCUCAACACAUUAUUUUUUGCUCCAAACUCACAAUUUAGGAAAGAUUUGGCAGAAGUGCAAGGAACAACAGAUAUACAAGAAGGGCCUUGGGCAUGGAAUUCAGGAGGGACGAGUUUAUCAAGAAUUGUUACAUACAAAAUGGCUGCAACAAAGUCAAUUAAAUCUGCUAAAGUCACAGAGGAGCAAAAGUAUAUGAAAGCUAAUGGAAGGGAAUUUGCUGUAUUAGCAACGCUGAUUUCACCAGAUGUUCCACAUGGAAAUUCAUUCAACGUUGAGUUGCUUUACAAGAUAACUCCUGGACCAGAUUUAUCAUCAGGAGAAGAAUCCUCGUGUCUUUUACUAUCAUGGGGCCUUAACUUCAGCAACCAGUCCACAAUGCUGAGAGGCAUGAUUGAAGGAGGAGUUAGGCAGGGUUUGAAGGAGAGUUAUAACCAGUUUGCCAAUUUGCUGGCUCAAAAUACUAGAGUGUUGAAUUCCAGUUACUUGACUGACAAGGAUCAUACCCUGGCAUAUUUGGAAACUGAGAACCAAUCAGAUUGGGAAUUGGCUAGAGAAUACUUCUGGAAACUCACAAUACUAACAACUAUUUUUAUGGUUGUGUAUGUUCUGGUGCACAUUUUGCUCUGUAAGCCUAGUGAAUUCGAAGGCUUGGAAUUUAAUGGACUUGAUUUGCCAGAUAGUUUUGCGGAGCUUGUCACCUGUGGGAUUUUUGUUGUCCAAUUAAAGAAUGUUUAUAACAUGGUUGCACACUUCGUGCAAGCCAGGUUGCAAAGAGGAGGUGACCAUGGAAUUAAAGCUCAUAGUGAUGGAUGGAUUCUUACUGUGGCUUUGAUCGAAGGUAGCAACUUAGCAUCCAUGGGUUCGUCAAAGUCGUCUUAUCCCUACGUUGCAUUUACUUGCAAUGGUCAAACAAGAACAAGCUCAGUACAAUUUCAAACUUGCGAUCCUCAGUGGAUUGAGGUGCUUGAGUUUGAUACUAUGGAAGAACCACCAUCAGUUUUAGAUGUGGAAGUUUAUGAUUUCGAUGGUCCGUUUGAGCUAGCUGCCUCACUUGGCUACGCUGAGAUCAGUUUCUUGAAACACUCAUCCACCGAACUUGCUGACUUGUGGGUUCCCCUUGAGGGGAAGCUUGCUCAAUCUUCGAAGUCAAAGUUGCAUUUGAGAAUAUUUUUGGAUAAUAACAAAGGAGGUGAUGCAGUUAGGGAAUAUUUGACCAAGAUGGAAAAGGAAGUUGGAAAGAAGUUGAAUCUACGAUCACCUCACAAGAAUUCAACAUUCCAGAAACUGUUUGGUUUGCCACCAGAAGAGUUUCUUAUCAGUGACUUUACAUGCCAUCUGAAGAGGAAAAUGUCAUUACAGGGUCGGCUCUUUCUAUCUGCGAGAAUAGUGGGGUUUUAUGCCACUUUAUUUGGACAUAAAACAAAAUUUUAUUUCCUCUGGGAGGAUAUUGAUGAUAUUGUAGUUCUUCCCCCAUCCUUGGCUUCCAUGGGUAGUCCUUUGCUUGUCAUAAUUCUGAAAAAGGGUCGAGGCCUAGAUGCCAAGUACGGCGCAAAGACUCAAGAUGAAGAAGGCAGACUUAAAUUUUACUUUUCUUUUGGAUCAUUCAGUGUGGCUUGCAGGAUAAUAAUGUCCAUGUGGAGGACCAGAAAUUUAACCCCUGAACAAAAAGCUCAAUUGGCUGAAGAACAAGAGGAUCAAGAAAGCUUUGUCAUGCUUGACAAUUCCGGGCCUAUCCAGGAUCUUGAGGAUGCAAAGAUGACAAGAGUUUACUCUGCAGAACUUCCUUUCACUAUGAACUCAAUGGUGGAAAUAUUUGAUGGAGGGAGGUUAGAGCAUAGAAUCAUGGAGCAAUCAGGUUGUCUCAAUUACUCAGUUACUGCAUGGCAAUCUUUGAAGCCGGAUCUUCAAGAACGCCGGCUUUCUUACAAAUUCAGCCGCCAUGUCCCAUUCUUUUUUGGAGAAGUGACAUGCACUCAACAUAGAUCUCCCAUUGCAAAUGGUGGAGGAUGGAUUUUGGACGAAGUUAUGGCCUUACAUGGUGUUCCAUUUUGUGACCAUUUUCGAAUUCAUUUCAGGUACCAGAUUGUAAAAUAUAGAAAUACAUGCAAAUGCAAUAUAUACAUCAGGGUAAUCUGGAUAAAAAUAACAAAAUUCCAGCAAACGCUCACUCAUAACAUAAUUGAGAAGUUUAGGCUUCGUGUUAAAGAAAUAUAUGCAGCUGCAGAGAAAGAGAUUAUGUUCUCAUUUGAAGAGGAUAAUACUUCUUGAUAGUAGUUUUUUUUUUUUUUUUUUUUUUUCCCAAUUUGAUUUUCUUGUUUUGAAAUCUAUGAAGUUAUGAACUUUUGUUGUACUAAAAAACAUUCUUAAUGUCCACUAGUAUCAUAAUUGUAUGUUGUUAUUGUUCAGACCAA